AUGGCUGGAGGUAUCGGAAAAUGCAGCAAGAUCAGACACAUUGUGAGGCUGAGGCAGAUGCUGCGACAAUGGCGGAACAAGGCGCGAAUGUCGUCUGCCAGACGCUGCGGUGUACCGUCGGAUGUGCCGUCAGGACACGUGGCGGUUUACGUUGGGAGCAGCUGCAGGAGAUUCGUGGUGCGCGCGACGCAUUUGAACCACCCCAUUUUCACGAAUCUUCUGGUCAAGGCCGAGGAAGAGUUCGGUUUUGCUAACCACGGUCCGUUGGUUAUCCCAUGCGAAGAAUCGGUUUUCGAGGAAUCGAUUCGGUUUAUAACCCGGUCGGAUCGGUUCAUUAGGAGCAAGCUGGAUUUAUUGAUCGAAUCACGGCCGUUGCUCCACGGUGUCUCAGAGAAGACUAUCAUCUGGUGA